GUCGUGAAAAUUAGAAAUUAUUUUCGAAAUAGUAUUUUAUUUCCCUUUUUACUCCUUGAUUUCAAUAUGGGUAAUGGAACAGCGCUCAUGGACAGUGGCCGUAAAAAGCGGACCACCAUGCGCCGUGCGGCAUCCAAGGCUUGUAAGAGUGGCAGUGCCGCCCUGAAGAGUCCCAAGGGAAAGAAUAGAAGGAGCCGAGUCUCUAAGAGGAAAUCCUGCGCUAAACCCAAGAACCAGAGGCGGUCCACUAAGAACUGUCAUAAACGGGGUAAAAGUGGAAAGAAAGUAAAAUCAAUCAUGAAAAGGAAAUGUCAACGCAAGACUAAUCUGUGCCACGUCAAGUUUGAUGGCUGCCAGUGUACAGAGGAUCGAGCAAGAGGCCAGCAAAUGUGCCUUCAGUGCUUGGGAAACAUCUGUGGUCUGGCCAAGGCUGGUGUGACCCCCAGCGAGAUGCAACUGGUUCUAAGCCAUCGUUACAACAAGAGGCAGAAAUAGAC